AUGGCGGUUGUUUCCGGGUCCUUGGUGCAGCUAUCACAGGAGUCCCUGUACUUCCCGCUUCCACUAAAGGACAUCACCAUUGAAAACAUCGUUCAAGUGAGGAAUUUGCUUGGGCGAUCGGAGAACAAGGCCGAGAACGUUAUUGCCUUCAAGGUGCUUGGCACGGUUCGCAGUCGCUACAGCGUGCGGCCCUCAACCGGCUUGAUAUUCCCUGGGGAACGUGCUAAAAUCAGGUUUCUUCUUGAUGUACCGCAGCUGCGGCGACAAGCCAGCAAACAACAAGGCGAGAAAGCUGCUGUAACUCUUCCAGAUGCAAAUACGAAGGACGAGCUGUUUGUGGACAUUGCUGUUUUGCCCAAAGAUCAGGCAAAGGCGUGCAUUGAAAGCUCAGCUAGAGACAACAAUGGAGAGAAGGCGGAAGGUGGGACUGCUGGGAUGUACGUAGAGCAGGCUGCUGCCUUCUGGAAGAUGAUUGGGACAUCCAAGCCAAAAGAGAUGCGGGCCGAGCGCCGCAAGUUGAGCUGCGUGUACGGAGAGGAGGGCGUCCCAGAGAGUCUUGUAAUGCGGAUUAGUGGAGAGAAGCCGGGGUCGGCGGUACCCCCGCCACUUUUCACUCCCUCAAGAACUGAGACCCGCUUUACAUCUUCACCGCCGUUGGUCCCAAAAACGCGCCCCCAGACGAAUAACACGGACGCAACACGAAGAUCUCCGCCACCUGCCCCGCCGCGGUGCUCGCCUUCUGCAUCGGCCAGGAGCCGAGAUAAGUCGUCUCCCUACGCGGACUCUUCGGUUGGGGCGACUCCGCCGAAGUCCCGCCCCCUUCCAAUGGGCCUUCCAGGUGCCAACAGCGGCAGCCUUGGCGGGGGCGGUGGAUCCGUCUCGCGCCCACCUGCCGCAGCUUUAAAUCCCAAGCCUGCUUUAGCGCACCACCUGCAACCGUUAUGGAAGGAGUGCCUGUUCUACCGAGUUUCCUCCAAAAUGUUGGUGGUGCUGCUCUUUCUAUCGUUUCUAUGCGCUUUAUUUGAAAGUGGAACGUUUUUGAGUCGGUUGCUAAUAGGACAGUAG